GCGGGCAUAAAUACUGCGUUGUGCUGAUCGACAGGUCAGACAAUUUUCAGACAAAUUGAGAGACAACAACAACGGACAGUUUAUGGUUAAUAGUUUCAAGUAGACCAAGGACUGCAUCGCUAGAUACGUGGAAAGAUGGCGGCUUGUGAAAUGGGAGAGGAGAGCUGCUGUGCUGGGCCUAGCAGGGCACCAGCCAACAACAACUCGGAGUCGCAGGAUAAGAAGGCGCCAAGCGCAGAGUUGAUGAGCCAAUGGGCGGACACCAUCAAGAAGGUUGUGUUUAUCGUGGGAGGGGCCAUCAUCGUCUUUGCCGCAGCAUGCAACUCCCUGACGUGGCACAUGCAGUCAUUCUGGGGAGCCUCUGGUGAUUUCUGGAAUCGGCAUUGGAUGAAAAUAUAUAACGCUUUUGGAGGGAACAUCUUCUUGCUUAGUGUGGUUGGCAGCCAAGCUGUGACUAUGACAUUUUACUGGUUGUUCAGUGGGUUCUUCUUGAUCAUUGACGUCACAGGCAAACCGGCCUUUGUGCUGAAGUACAAGAUUCAAGACGACCAAAAUAUGCCGGUGGCCUGGCUUAAGCUCAAGAAUGCUCUUAAGACAGUUCUCUUUAACCAGAUGUUUGUCAAUCUGCCGUUCUCAGUGGUGCUUUACUUCAUCAUGCAAUGGCGUGGUGGUAGCGUCCAUGCCGAUUUGCCGACCUUUAAAUGGGUGCUUCUAGAGAUUGCCGUGUUCCUCAUCUUCGAAGAGAUAGGAUUCUAUUACUUUCACAGACUUCUUCAUCACCCACGCUUCUACAAACACUUCCACAAGAAGCACCAUGAGUGGACCGCACCCAUCGGGGUGACGGCCAUCUACGCCCAUCCAGUGGAGCACAUCUUGGCUAAUAUGCUACCAUCGGUUAUCGGACCACUCAUCAUGGGCUCCCACUUAGCAAUCCUCUGGAUGUGGUUUAUUAUCGUGGAGGGAUCGGCUAUUGUUGCUCACUGUGGUUACCAUUUCCCAUUGCUGCCGUCACCAGAGGCACAUGAUUUCCACCACCUGAAAUUCACCAACUGUUUCGGCACCUUGGGCAUUCUGGACCGUCUGCACGGCACGGACAACCUCUUCCGUGGGAGCAAGAAGUACUCGCGUCACACCUUGCUACUCGGCGUUACACCCCUCUCCCAGACCUUCCCUGAUGAUCCAAAGGAGAAGCAGAAGCAGAAGCUGGAGACGAAGACAGACUAAAAUAAAACGGUAAACUCCUCCAUGGUGCUAGACACAGAUCUCAACAUCUCUUAUUAUGACAGCAGUAUUUUGCAUUGUGUUAUACAUUAACCUUCCCGAAGCCUGGUUCAUACUUCCUGUGAGUGCCAAUGCGAAGCAGAUUUUGACAUCACAGCCCGGUUUUUCGCUGCAAAUAUUUUGCAAGAGUUGAACACAUUUAAACUGUUGCGAAUUAUUCGUUGCGAGUUUGUGACUUCAAAACUCGUAUCACAUUAUCAGGAAGUAUAAUGCAUGAACCAGGCUGCAGAUGAGUCUUAACCUUUCAGAAAUCUAAUCUAAAAUCUAAAAAUAAAAUUGCAAAAAAUGGCCUGUUGUUGCACAUCAUUCAUUUUCAUGCAGUAAGCACGGGAAGGUUAGCAAGCCUUUUUGUGUUCUUACUGAUGUGCUAUUAAAUGGACAGUAAGCACAAAUUCAGGGUUUAAGCAGCCCUGUGAAAUUUGGUCCAGGCGAUAUACUGUUGUGUUCCUAAACUAAAGAAAUACAAAGUUAUGUUCAUGUGGGAAACAACUUUUAAGUUUUUUUUAAAUAAAUGUCUGAUGUGUCUAGUGCCAUCAACAAGAGAAUUAUCAAACUGGACCAGUCACUGAUGGGUGAAGGUGUUUAAAGAAAUAAUAAUGUUUAUAGAAUAUAAGCUGCAGCACAAUGCAAGGUUAUAAUAAUAAUAAUAUUAAAGAGGUAUAUAUUAUUGCACAAAACAAGAUAGAUUCUAUCUUAUUGUUUCGUGUCAUCAGGCCGUCCGUUAAACUUUGAAUCGGAAAAGUUUAGGCUGAAUAUCUAAGUGGGUUUUAAAAUGGAUAAUUUAGCCUAUACUCUGAAUCUUUAUGAUAAAACAAUAAAAUAAUUAGAUGUCAAUGUAAAUAAGCGCAUAAUUCGUAAAAAGGGAAUUGUAAUGUCAUUUCCUGACCUAAGUAUGCUAAAUGACCUAAGUAUGCUAAAUUACCUUAGUAUGCUAAAUGACCUAAGUAUGCUAAAUGACCUAAGUAUGCUAAAUGACUUAAGUAUGCUAGUUAAAAUGUUGGGAAAGAAGUUACUAACCAAAGCCCUUAUUCAUUGAGCUGCUUAAGCAGAAAACAGAUUUUCUGCUGAGCAAAAUUAUGCAGGAUACCAGUUAGAGAUUUGUACACUUGACAUGUUUUUUGGGGCUGGUAACCUUUUUCUUUGUUUUUUGUGAAACUGUUCUGCAGCUCCAUGAAACUGGGCUUCUUUUUUUUUUGCUCGCUGGUUGGUCGGAUAGACUAGUUUGUGCAUUGAGACAACCCUGCAUAUGGUCAUAGUGGAAAACUUCCAUAACAGUGUUUUUGAGAAAUAAGUUAAACAUUUAGUUUUGAUCUUGCAGGUCCAAAAGUGAAAAGCAUUUAGAAGGCUCCGUAAUUACAGCUGUGUUGGUUCACAUAAUGUGUGAAUGUUGUAUUCAGAACUCCAAAAUAAUCAUUGCGUUCUAUUUAUGGAAAUGUUAGUCGAAUUGCUUAUGUUGCUUAAAACUUAUGUUAAUUUAUUUCUGUGACUUUUAUUCAUUUGUAAAAUAUAUAAUUUAUGUUUUAAUGUUUUUAAGUAAUGUAUAUGUAUACUAUAAUAUACUAUACUAUGUAUAUGUAUACAUCGCAAAACGAGAAAAGCCCGAUUUCACAGUGAUUUUACUCUUUAACUCACUGAAGUAACCCACACCUUGAUCCUCGUUAUUUGACAUUGUUUUCAAAAUAAACCAAAAAGAGACAAAUAAAAAAACUUGUCUACCCCACAUGUUAAAAAUUCUAUAGCUAAAAACCAUCCAAACAGUGUGGACAACUGCAUUUUGAAACCAACCUUGUAUGCCAUGACAAAAUGGGCGGACACAAUGUUUUUUUAAAAUGAUUCUGCAAGACUUAGGAAUCGGCCUAUUUUAGUUUCCAUAAGACCAAUUUUUGAGCAUUGCCAUAAAGUAUGGCAUGUGACACAUUUUCCACCAAUCAAAUGGCAAAGAUCUGUGUUUGGUGGUAGACCUAUAUACAUGUAAAUGUAGUGCCAACACACUAACCCUAUUCCUAAAUCCCGUGCAUGAAAAUGUCUUAACUAAUAAGGAUUGAGGACUGUAGGCCUAGGCCUAACUAACUAUUGCUUAUAAUAAAAUUAUACCAAGGGGCAUUGAAGGGUUUUAAUUUGUGUUAAAAAUGUGUUUUACCUAUAAAAAUCUUUUUCUGUACAAUAAAUGUAUUUUUAUUGAGUGGUUUAUUUUAAAAUAUGAGAGCACUUUAAAUUGUAAAGCCAAAGAUAUUAUUAAGCGCUUAUUCUGUGCACAAUAACAAUGCAAAAUGUUAAAGCCUUUAUGUAGCAUGGAGGUACAAACCUCCUUGGGUAUAGUGAGUGACUGUGUAAACUUAUAUAUACAUGUACUUGUACUAUUGUUUUGGCUUUUAGUAGUAUGUAGAACUGGGUGGUAUGAAUUUUUAUUAUUUAUCACAGCAUGUGUGAAAUUGCAUGCUUGAAAAUUAUUUAUCCAGAAAUGUCUAUGAAUGAAGGUGUCAUCACUAGUAUUUUGGCUGCGAAAAAUAAGACAAGGUUAUUUUUUAGUUUUGUGAAGAAAGAACAGUUAUAUCUAGUCUCUGAGAUUGUAAGAUAAGAGUACCCGGUAGUUACUGUUUGGGGGGAUAUGAAUUGCACAACGAUUAGUGCUCAGGACAGUUUUUAAAGGCAG